AUGGUCGACAAAGCCAAGCAGCCUGAGUUCUACCUAUAUCCAACGCCAGUGGAAGGCCCCAAAACUCCAUACAAGGACGAUGCUAGCUACAACCCAGCUCUUCGGGGCAAAUUGCUCGAUAUAGCAGCAUCGAUAGUUCAGUUUUCUGGCCUUAUACAGACAAUUCUCUGGAAGAACGCUGGAUUCGAUAUUCUACAUUCCAUUACAGAAUUAGACGACUACGAACCACGAUACGAUCCCACCGUUAUUCCCGCGACGAAUUAUGCCGGGCGGGCUCCCGCCACAGCUCCUGUCGGUUCUAAACGCCAGGGCGGAUACUAUGCCGCAGCUGACUACCGUGCGCUUUACCUCUCUGGCGAACUUACCCCCUUACAAGUUGUCGAUGCUCUCCUACCGUUAGUUCGUCGAGAUUCUUCGCCACCGGGCGAGCAUUCUCUCGCGUUCCUGGAGUCGAAGGUGGAUCUUAUCCGCGCGGCUGCCGAAGCCUCGACAGCGAGGUAUAAAAAUGGUAGUUCUCUCGGACCAUUAGAUGGAGUCCCUGUCGCAGUUAAAGAUGAGGUAGAUCUGGAAGGCUACAAGAGGACAUUGGGAAGUAAGCUGGAUUUCACUCCUAAACACGGAGGGACGUCUUGGUGCGUGAAAAAAUGGGAAAACGCUGGUGCCAUUGUAAUCGGGAAAACCAACAUGCACGAGUUGGGCCUCGAUACGUCCAAUAAUAAUCCUAUCUACGGCACCCCUAGAAACCCUCACAACCCUAAUUACUAUACUGGUGGCUCUUCUGGCGGCUCUGCUUAUGCUGUUGGUGCUGGAAUCGUGCCAAUCGCUCUUGGUGCAGAUGGUGGUGGCUCAAUUCGUAUUCCAGCAAGCUUCUGUGGAAUAUAUGGCUUAAAAACGACACAUGGCCGUAUCUCUGGGUCCCCAACAUGUGGUCUUGCUUCUACUACCGGUGUUUUUGGCCCGAUGGCUAGCAGCCUCGACGAUCUUGAACUCUCAUAUAAUCUAAUGUCGAUGCCAGACCCCGACAAUUGGGCAUCUUCUUGUUUCCCCGACACAACCGUCGCCACAGUUGUGGAUUCUCGUCCGAAGGUUAUAGGUGUUUAUCAGGACUGGGUCAAGCGAUCUGAUGGCCCGGUUCUAUCCCUUUUCAAUAGAAUGAUUGAGUACUAUCGUACACAACAGGGCUACGAAAUCGUAGACAUUCACAUUCCUUAUAUUCCCGAAGGUCAAAAGGCUCACGCCCUUACUAUCCUUUCUGAAAUUGCUGCCGCCUUUUCAAAAGAGCAGACAUCUAAGCUCUCUGCUCCAAACAAAGUGUUGGUCUCUAGUGGGAGCUCCCAGGUCUCAGCGCGAGAUUUUUUUGCGGCACAGAGACUCCGCAGCCUACUAAUGUCCCAUUUGGCAUUCUUGUUCAAAAAAUACCCAGGCAUGAUUAUCGCUACCCCUACUUUACCCGUAGAGGGAUGGCGGAUUUCUGGGGAGGCUGAUUUAACACAUGGUGUUAGCGACACCAACAUGUCCGUACGUACCAUGGAAUUUGUCUAUCUUGCCAACUUCUGCGGCUGUCCGUCCAUUUCCUGUCCUAUGGGCUAUACCGAUGAUUCUGAAAUUCCAGUUGGAAUUAUGGGCAUGUCCGACUGGGGCAGCGAGUGGGCACUGAUUGAAUGGGCCCGUGAUGGGAAGGGGGUCUUGGAUGGUGAAGAGGACAUUUCUAGCAAUGGGAAUGGCGCAAUCGAUGCUGGUGAUCCAGCCAUUGUGGUUGGAAAAGGUUUGAGAAUACCUUCUACGAAGAAUGGAGGCAAGUGGGUUGAUGCGAUCGGUCGAGUACUGCAGAGCACUGAAACUGUGCCAUCUGCUGAGUGA